GAUGCGCAGAAUGGUGAGCUGAAAACGCUCCCGUCACGCAUGAGGUCAUGGAUGCUUCUUGUUACUUGUGCUUCACACCUGAUGCUUGCAGCCCUAAGGAGCAGCCGGUCAUUAACCGUCGAUGCAGCCGGCCUCCCUGCCCUACCAGCACAUCACGUUCGAAGUGUUUGGAAGAGUUCAGGGUGUAGGACACCUCGAGAGCAUCCCAUCCCUGCCUGCAGGGAUGCGGAAAUGUCAUAUAUUUGUGUUCAUCUGUCGCGUGUUUUGUUGUCAAUAUCUAUCAGGUUUUCUUCAGGUCAGUCAACCUGAUGCUACACGGAAGGUAGGUCUAGAGUAUGCCGAGUGGAUGUACGUAUCUCUUCAGGAAGCACACACAGCGGCGAGCCGCGGAGUUGGGAUUGGUGGGGUGGGUGCGGAACGCCGAGCACGGCUCCGUCCAGGGAGAGGCACAGGGCGCCAGGGAUGCCAUUGAGGCCAUGAAGAUCUGGCUGCGAACCAGUAAGUCCGUAUGCCCCAUUCACUCAUUUUUGCACGCUUCCUGGAACCAGACCCCGGCUUCAUUCACUCGGUCUUCCUCUCCGUGUGUGGCGUGUGCUGGCUGCAGAGGGCAGCCCGAAGAGCAGGAUCGACCGAUGUGACAUCAUCGACAUGCCACCCACACAGCAACUCUCAUUCGACGCGUUCGAGGUAAUUAAGAGCGCACGGGGCAGGCAGGUGAGUGAGGGGAUGCAUACUGCGUAUGUGGGUGUGUAUGUGUGUGUGUGUGUGUGUGCCUCUCUCGUGACGCUGCAGGUGGUCAAGUGAGGACUACCGAAUUCAUGCUGGCUGGUGCGAGCAUGCCAUGGCUUUGGUGCCGCUCGCACCGCACACAUCUGUGUGUGUGAGUGUGUGUGUUGAGGCGUUCGUUGUGUACAUACAAUACAUUAAGUACUGCGUUCAUUCUUGGACACAGUGAGUGCAGUGAGCGACUCACUCGAUCGGUCGAUGUGAUGUGCGGCUAUGACUGACUGAAUGAAUCACUCACCGCCA